AUGUUCGAUGAUGUGAUCUCCACGGGCCUGCAGGCGGUGCUGGCCGAGAUAUUCGAGUCCGUAGACAAGAACCAGCUCAACGUCUCUCUCGUGGGUGACAUUUUCAAGGAGUCGCACCUGGAGCUAACGGACCUGCGCAUCAAAAAGACCCUUCUCAAGGACAUGAACCUGCCAGUUGAGGUCAAGGAAGGCCUCGUGGGCAAGCUCGUCAUCCAGGGGCUAAGCGGGGUCAUGACGGGCGAUCCGGUAACAGUCACGGUGGGCGAGGUGCUCGUGCUGCUGACGCCGGGCACCACCCUCUCCGACUCCGAGGCGGGACUGGCGGCGCGGAGGAUGGCGGCCGCUCUGAGAGAGAUGUUCGCCAACCGUUACGCAGAAGACUUCCUGGAGGAUGCCCUCGGUGUCAAGGCGGCGGACAAGCUUAGCGUUCAAUCGCAGAACAAGCUGAACCGCAAGCUCCUCAGACACAUCGUGAGGAAGGUACUGUCCGGCGUAAGCAUCAUUCUCCAGGCGGUGCACAUACGCUUCGAGCUGCCGGCGGGGGGGCUGGACGGCGCGGCUCCCGUGAAGAACUCUGCUGGGGUCGGGGGAGGCGGUGCUUGCGACGCCGUGGGGGUGAUGCUGCCCAGCUUGACGGUACGCACGUGCAAGACGGACCACCCCGCCUUCACCAAGUUCGCGGCGCAAACGCCGCUGGAACGAGUCGCAAACCCCAAGGGCGUCCAGCAGGGGGGAGCAGACGGGAGAGGGUCCCCGCAGAGAGAGUCGGCCACCACCAUGGCCAGGCGGGAGCAGGACGCCUUGCAGGGAGACAGAAAGAACUUCAUGAUCGUCAGGAAACGCGCGACGGCGGCCAACCUCCAGGUGUACUGCGACUACGGUGUGGAUAGUUAUGUGACUGCGGUCGCUGCAGCCGUGGCCGCCGCAAGGAACAAGGCGACCAAUCCUCGUCCGGGGGCGAGCGGUUCCCUCCCAGGGGGCGGGCUAACGCCGGCGGCUAACAACAGUGGGGCCGCCGCUGCCGCGAAGGCCGUAAGGGCACUGUUCCUGCAGAAGUGGAAGUCGGAGCGACAUGCGUUGCUGUUUAAGCCUCUUGCCGUCGAGAUCGGCGCGGAGGUGCACCAGUGGGAUCAGCCCGGCGGCAAGUCGAUCGCGCCCACCUACCGGGUUGCUCGGCUUAAUGUCGGCGUCGGAGAGUUGCAGGCUGUGGUGGACUCGGAACAGGGCAGGGUCGUCGGAGCGGUGGUCGACGAGAUCAUCAACCUCGUCAGGAGGUCGAGAUUCAACCGCUUCAUCCCCCAAGCUUAUCUUCCCCUGAGGAACCUGCCGCCUCCCAAGGUCCACCCCCCCAAGCCUGCCAAGGACGGGGCCCCCGCCGGCAUGCUUCCGUCGGUGGAAACCUGGUCCUGGGCGUCGGAGAUGGGGGGAAAGACCGGGGUGGGCAGGCCCAAGUCUGCGGCGGAGGCCGUGCUUGUCGGGGGCUUCGCGAAGGAAGGGGGCUCCUGGGCUCGCGCCAUGUGGCGGUUCGCUGGGGCAUGCGUGCGGCACGACAUUCGGUUGGCGCUGACCAAGAAGCUCCCCGCAUCCCUCCCCAACUGGAACGGCGCGAUCUCGGCGGACCCGUCACCGUCACCUGGCCACCCCGACGUCGUCGCCAAGCCUGCCACCAACGGCGUCCCACCGGCGGGAAUGGACCCUGCUUCCGCCUCGCUGAGCUGGCGUGUUGCCUACCUGAGGCUUCACGCGAGAACCCUCCUGGCCAGAGACGCCAAGAACCUCGGCAGCAGCAGCGGGGGGCACCGCGGAGUAGACGUGCGGAGACUCGGAGUGCCCAAGGGGCGGGAGCCGCUGUCCCUCGAGGAGAUGUGGGACGUCGCCAAGGUGGAGUCUUUCGCUCCUGGAGACGAGGUGGUUUUCCUCAGGACUGCGGCGAAGAUAUCCUCGCACUACGAGUGGAAUAGGGCCCGCAAGGCCCGCGCCGCCGCUAAAUCCGCCGCUUCGCAAAAGGGAGCCUCGCCGGAGGCUGUGGCUGCUGCGGCGGGAGCGGCGGCGGCGGCGGCGGCGUGGACCGUCAGGGACGAUGCGGCUUUGCUGCGCAGUCUCGACGACCUGAGGGCGUCGCGCGUGGCGGCGGCGAUGGCCGCUGCUGCGGCGAAGUCUGGCGCUGUGGGCGGGGCCGGCGGUGCUGCUCAGGAGGAGGACGAGGAAGAAGAUGACGAGGAUAUCUCGAAGCUGCAGUUCGCUGCUUCCGCGACCAGCGGCUUCUCCGAUGACGGCGGCAUCGCAGCCAAAGGAGCGGGGGGCCGGGGAGGAGGCUCGCGCUUCACGCUUGCCGACAUCGCUGCCAAGGCGAAGCAGGCGGUACCGUCGACGUCGGCAUCGGCGGGGGUGGCUGGGGGGACUUCGCAGAAGGGAGGAGGGGCUGAUGGAGGGGCGUCGUCCCUGGCUAGGAAGGGUCGGGGGGUUGGCGGGGGGAAGGCUGCCAAGAUCUGGGGCAAGCUGUUGGGGCUGCCGCGGGUGGUUCUCCAGGUGGAAUCUGCGGGCAUCGAGCUCCGCACGCGGAUCGCCGGCGGCGCCAGGAAACCUCUCGUCGCUCUCUCGGCGGGCGGACUCACGGGCACCCUGGAGGGCGAUGAGGCGCGGCAGGUGCUCUGGUGGGAGCUUCGCGUGGGCAACGUGGCCCUUCGCGAUCUCUGCAGUUCCUGGGGGGACGGUGCCAAGAACGGGGGGCCGGGGGCGGCAGCGCCGCCUGUCGCGAAGACCCUCAUGUCUGGAUCGGCUUCGGGAGUGGAUGGACGGGAUUGGGUGUCGGCCGGUGAUCCCACGGGUGCUGCCUCAAGGUGUUUCCUCGUGGUGAGGGUGGUGCACGACCCAAACCGUGCCGCAUGCGGGCUGUUCAGCAGCUCUGCGGCGGCCAUGGCCCAGCUGCGGGCGCACGUUGUGGUCGGAUGCGUUACGGGAAAGAUCCCUCCCCAAGUCCUCGCGAUCUUCAACGCGGCCGCGCGCGACAUCGUCAUCAAUGAGAAGAAGACGAACGCGGGUAUGACUCCUCAACAUCCCCGGGCUUCCGCCAGCGGCGGCGACAGCGAUUCCGCUGCCCGGCAGCUCCGCGUGGUCUUGGGAUCGGUGCACCGGGCGUUGCUGGGAAAGCGAUCCGUCAUGUUCAGGCCCAAGAAGAGGAAGGGUCCCAGCGCUGCCGUCCGCGCCCUUUCCAUGGCCAGGGGAGCCACAAGGUCGUCGUCGACCUCCGGAGAGGUGGACUCGAAGGAGUUAUACCGCGUGGUGGCCGGCAUCCUCCCGGGGGACUUCGAGGUCCGCGUGCACGUCUCGGAGGUGAUCGUCCAGGUGUCUUCCCGCGCGGAGGACCUUUUGGAAGCCGGCAAGGUGGCGCUGGAGGCCCUCGGGGAGACCAAGGCGGCGGCGGACAUGAAGGGCGGCGCUGCGGCCGCCGACAGCAUCGACCUUGAGGUUGACCUAAUCCCUGUCAAGGUGGACGCUUGUCGGCGCUCGCGGCCCAGCCCUGAGUUUUGGGUCGACACCGGCAUCCUGCGGACGAAGCUCCGUGCCCCCGAAAAGGCGGUGGAGGCAGUGGUGACGGCCUUGCUGACAUCGGCCCAGAGGACCACCGCGGCCGUAGCGCUCCUGUCGGGAGGGUCACCCCCGGCCGAUGAGGAAGAGGAUACUGCGGCCUAA